AUGUUCGUGGAAAGGGAUGCUCCGCCUGCAUCACUGGGGCUGCUUUCAGCUCUAGCAGUGUUAACCUACGCUCACCUUCCAGCUAGCGUUAGCUUUUAUGAUAGCAACACGGCCAGCCACCAUUACCAGGCUAACAGAGCAGCUAUAACGCUACGCUCACUACACCCUAGCGGAUGUUACGCUAACCAGAGCCACUGUAAGAAGCCAGCUCUACGUCGGUACGUCCCAGACAAUGGAAAGAAAAGCACCGGCUGUGGGGAGGCUGUGGGGAGGAUGCCUCUGUUUGUCCUGUGUGUCGGGCUCCGGCUGUCGGACAUUGGCUGCCGUCAGCUCCUUGGAAACAAUACACCAAAACAACGGUCACCAAUGACUACCAAAGUGGGCAAACAAUGGUGGGAUCCAUAUGAAACUUCCAAUAAAAGACACUUUGUCUACCGGUCAAACCUAGCUGCAGAGAUUGUGCUCUGCCCAGCGUCAACUUCAUUUACAGACUCAUAUUCACAGUCUGGACCUUUUGGAUCAACUGUGUACAGCAAGGAAUUUUGCUGUAAGCCAGCCUGUAAGACUGAGCGUAUUCGCACAGGAACAGUCGGGCAGAGGAGAAACAACCCACAUCCCAGUCAGUCUUUCAUGAUGUGGAGGCUGCUUAAGGAGACUGCACAAAGCUCUGACUAUGUCAGCUUUCCUUGGAAAUAUCCUCUGUCUGAGGGGGGGAUCAGUAAGGCCUUGACAGCGCAGUACAGCUCCGUCUACACAUGUGACUACAUGGGUAUGCCUCAAGAAAGAAGACUUGCACCUCUUCACAGCAGACAUGAAAUGCAGCUUUCUACUAAUACAGAGAUGAGGGGAAAUUAUCGCGAGCCAAAGCAAAAACCUGAACUGCUGGGCAACUUCUAUCACUAUAGCAGCAGCACACAUCCUAACAUGACCAGUGGUGGUAUAGUUCCUACUGUUGUGCAAAGGCAUGCUCAGCAGAGAAGAUCAGACUUGGCAAACUACGACGUUUUGUGGAAAGAGAAUCACUUAUGUCACAGAUAUGAUAGGCUUUGCUGCCCAUGGAGCUGCAGCAGUUACACAAAGUUUUACCUCAGCAGGAAAAGGAUGCUAUAA